AUGAAAUUUCUUAUUAGUGUUAUAUGUGUUCUAUGGUUGAUGUUAUGUAUACAGUCAGUUGAAAACCACUUUUUUGAAUGGGCUUGGCACAAAAUCAAACGUGUUAUCGAUCCGCAUGAAUCUGAACGUUCGUUGGAUUGUGGAUUAUCCGAUGUUCCACAGAUCUUACCCGAGAAAAUGGACACACCACGCGUAACAGGUGGCAUAUCAGCAGCAGAUCAUUCUUUUCCAUGGAUGGUGAAUGUUCUCAAUGUCAAAUCGAUGAAAUCAUGCGGUGGAGCAAUUAUCGGGCCGAACACAAUCGUAACCGCGGCACAUUGUAUUAUUGAUGAACCGAAGUACAUGAGUGUCAUUGCUGGUGCUUCCACCCUUCUCGGCCGUCUGAAUCUGUUUAAUUAUUACGCUGUUUCCGAAGUAUUCAUCCACCCAAAAUUCUCCUUAUGUUGCGAUUAUGAUAUAGCAAUUAUAAAAUUGAAGAAAACAUUGGAACGUUCGAAAAUGAUCAAUUCGAUAUGUUUACCUAAGGAGGAGAAUGAGCGUUUGAAACCUGAAACAACUGCUUUCAUCGCCGGAUGGGGUGGAAAGUAUCCCACGGGUGACAUGAAUUCCUUUGGUUCAUUUCAUUUAAAACAAGGUCUAGUUUAUAUAAAAUCAAAUGAAUAUUGUAAACAAGUCUUCAGUUCAUUCGAUGAAUACGAUGAAAUAUGUGCAACUAAUACAAAUGACAAUGUCGAUUCACGUGAGGGCGACAGUGGCGGUCCAUUGAUGAUUCUCAACGGAACAGAUCAUCGCUGGUAUCUAUUUGGCAUCACAUCACAUGGUGCUAAUACCGAAACAAUCAAACCUGGUGUCUAUUCAUCAAUAGCGGAUAAACUGAAUUUCAUUAGAAAAUAUCUUUAA